AUGAAAUUGUAUAAGGCAAAAGAUUCAUGGAUUGUGACUACUGAGGAACAUAGUUUAUGGUUUAAUAGACGAAGUUUAUCUAUAUAUAGUAAAAAUGAACCUAUUACUGACCAUAUUUUAUCAUCACCAGCAUGGGAUUCUUCUUUUGUGAGUAAUAUUAAUGGUUAUAUUGGAAAAGUACAAUUUGUUAAAGAUGGUCUUCAUUGGUUAAUAUUUAUACGUAGUCAAGAACUUGUCUGUGAAAUAAAUAAGAAACAUGAAAUUUAUCGUAUAACGGAUAUUCUUGUUCAACCUUUUGACAAUUUUGAAGAAGAAUCAGUUAGUAAAGGAAAUAAUAAUAAUAAAUAUGAAUUAAAAUGUAUUGAAGAACUUCGUAUAUGGUAUCAAGAGACUCAAUGUUUUUAUUAUAGUCGUACAUACGAUUUAACAAAUACAGUUCAACGUUCUGUCAAUCAAGAUGAAAAUAUACCAUUAUGGAAACGUGCGGAUGAAAGAUUUUUUUGGAAUCGUCAAAUGCUAAGUGAACUUCUUAAUCUAGCAGAUAAAGAACAUUUGGAUACUCAAUGGAUUCAACCUAUAAUUAUGGGUUAUUUAAAUCAAUGUCAUUUUACAGCUAAUGAAGACACUGAUGUUCAAUUAAUUCUUAUAUCUCGAAGAAAUCGACAUCGUUCAGGUGUUCGAAUGCAUUGUAGAGGAAUUGAUGAAGAUGGAAAUGUUGCAAAUUAUGUCGAAACUGAACAAAUCGUACGAACAAAUACCAAUCUAAUGUCAUUUGUUAUGAUUCGAGGAUCAGUACCAUUUUAUUGGUCACAACCUGGUAUAAGAUAUCGUCCACCACCAAAAAUUGAUCGAAGUAAGUUUAAAUAA